CUUGUCUCAGACUACCCCGCAGCUCUGGGACCACCGGAGCUGGAGGGGAAUAAUGCACCCCCGUCCACCGCCCAUUGCUGGGGAGUAGGUGACUAGUUCGAGGGGGGGAAGAAUGAAAGAAAAGAAAGAUGAAAGAAUGUUGAACCAUUUUGUAUGGCUGUAUGAUGGAAGGAAACGGAACUGAGAACUCCUGCAGUAGAACACUUGGAUGGCUUCAACAAGAUAAUGAUGCUAAGCCAUGGCUUUGGAAAUUCUCUAAUUGCUUUUCUCGUCCUGAGCAGACGUUGCCACUUAGUCCCCAAACGAAAGAUUACAUGGAGAACAAGAAAGUUGCUGUGGAAUUAAAGGAUGUACCAUCUCCCCUUCAUGCUGGCUCUAAACUUUUCCCAGCAGUCCCACUUCCAGAUAUUCAUUCUCUUCAGCAACCUAAAAUACAGCUUUCAACUGUCCCCAAAGUAAGCUGCUGUGCUCAUUGUACUAAUGAACCCUCCACUUCGCCAAUGCAUUUUGAUGGUGGUGGUGGUGGUCGCGGAGGUGCUGGUAGCUUGAUUCACACGGGCGCACUGUUAGACUCGCAAAGCAACAGGACAAUCACGUGUCAAGUAGGGUCAGGGUUUGCUUUCCAGUCUGCAUCUUCACUCCAGAAUGCAUCAGCUAGGAACAAUUUGGCAGGCAUUGCAAGUGACUUUCCCAGCACGUGUCUAGAAAGUAACCUAUCUUCCUGCAAACACCUGCCCUGUUGUGGAAAACUCCAUUUCCAAUCCUGUCAUGGUAAUGUACACAAGCUGCAUCAGUUUCCGGCUCUCCAGGGUUGCACCUCCACUGGCUAUUUCCCCUGUUCUGAGUUCACAAGUGGGGCUCCAGGGCGUUUGGAAGAGCAUAUUUCACAGUCGGAGUUAACACCUCACUUGUGCACCAACACUUUGCACCUAAAUGUGGUACCUCCGGUUUGCUUAAAGGGCUCACUUUACUGCGAAGGCUGUUUAAACAAGCCGGCAAGAAAUAGUAUAAUUGAUGCUGCUAAAGUCUGGCCAAAUAUACCACCUCCAAAUACUCAAACCGCACCUAUUGCUAUCCCUCUGUGUAAUGGCUGUGGAACCAAAGGAACAGGGAAGGAGACCACGUUGUUAUUGGCGACCAGUCUAGGCAAAGCUGCUUCGAAAUUUGGGUCGCCAGAAGUUGCAGUAGCUGGUCAGGUCCUAGAAAACUUACCACCCAUUGGAGUUUUUUGGGAUAUCGAAAACUGCUCAGUUCCCUCUGGCCGGUCAGCUACUGCUGUUGUGCAAAGAAUCCGUGAGAAGUUUUUUAAAGGCCACAGGGAAGCAGAAUUCAUCUGUGUGUGUGACAUCAGUAAAGAAAACAAAGAAGUUAUUCAAGAGCUGAAUAAUUGCCAGGUAACUGUUGCCCACAUCAAUGCUACUGCAAAGAAUGCUGCUGAUGAUAAACUCCGACAGAGUCUCCGCAGGUUUGCAAAUACUCACACUGCUCCAGCUACUGUGGUUCUUGUGUCAACUGAUGUCAAUUUUGCCUUGGAACUUAGUGACCUGAGACACAGGCAUGGUUUCCACAUAAUUUUGGUCCAUAAAAACCAGGCCUCAGAAGCACUGCUGCAUCAUGCUAACGAACUGAUCAGAUUUGAAGAGUUCAUUUCCGAUUUACCCCCCAGGUUACCACUAAAAAUGCCACAGUGCCACACUCUGCUCUAUGUUUAUAAUCUACCAGCAAAUAAAGACGGCAAGAGCAUCAGCAACAGGCUCCGACGCCUGUCUGAUAAUUGUGGUGGGAAAGUGCUGAGUAUCACAGGCUGCAGUGCAAUCCUCCGCUUCAUAAACCAGGAUAGUGCAGAACGGGCUCAGAAGCGAAUGGAAAAUGAAGAUGUCUUUGGUAAUAGGAUCAUUGUGUCAUUUACUCCAAAAAAUAGAGAACUCUGUGAAACAAGGAGUUCAAAUGUAAUUGUUGAUAAAGUGAAGUCUCCAAAAAAACUUAAGAAUCCAAAAUUGUGCCUCAUCAAAGAUGCAAGUGAACAAUCUUCCAGUGCCAAAGCCGCUCCUGGGAAAGGGUCACAGGCAAAUUAUGGAUCUGCUACAAAAAAUACAAAUGUUAAAAGUUUACAGGAGCUGUGCCGCAUGGAGUCAAAGACUGCUAGUAGAAACAGUGAGCACCAGCAAGGUAACGUGAGGCUGUUGGCACCUCCUCACAGUAAUUCAAGUGCUGCAGUGCAGACAUCUAAAAACUUGGGGAUGGCAGAAUCAGUUUACAAGAGCAAUCAGAAAAAAGAGAACCUCAGUGCCCGAAGUGUUACCAGCUCUCCUGUAGAGAAAAAAGACAAAGAGGAGACUGUGUUCCAAGUCAGUUACCCAUCUGCUUUUAGCAAAUUGAUUGCAUCAAGACAAGUCAGUCCUUUGCUCACUGCUCCGUCCUGGUCUUCUCGCAGGAGUAUGUCUCCAAACCUUUUAAACAGAGCAUCCCCACUUGCUUUCAAUGUUGCAAAUUCAAGCAGUGGUGCAGAUUGCCCAGACCCAUUUGCAAAUGGUGCUGACAUCCAAAUCAGUAACGUAGACUACAGAUUGUCCCGGAAAGAGCUGCAGCACCUCAUGCAGGAAGCCUUUUCUAGGCAUGGCAAGGUGAAGAGUGUUGAGCUCAGCCCCCAUACAGAUUAUCAGCUCAAGGCUGUUGUUCAGAUGGAAAACUUACAAGAAGCAAUCAGCGCAGUGAAUAGCCUCCACAGAUACAAAAUUGGCAGCAAGAAGAUCCUGGUCUCACUUGCCACAGGAGCUGCUAAUAAAUCACUCUCUUUACUGAGUGCAGAAACAAUGUCUAUUCUUCAGGAUGCUCCUGCCUGUUGCCUGCCUCUGUUUAAAUUUACAGAUAUCUAUGAAAAAAAGUUUGGACACAAGUUGAAUGUGUCAGAUUUAUAUAAAUUAACAGACACAGUUGCAAUCCGUGAACAAGGCAAUGGAAGGCUGGUGUGUCUCUUACCCAGUAGUCAAGCCCGACAGAGCCCCCUGGGGUCUUCCCAGUCACAUGAUGGCUCCUCAACAAAUUGCAGCCCAGUUAUAUUUGAAGAGUUAGAGUAUCAUGAGCCUGUCUGCAGACAGCAUUGUCCCAAUAAGGAGUUCAGUGAGCAUGAAUUUGAUCCAGAUUCUUACAAGAUUCCCUUUGUGAUUCUCUCUUUGAAGACAUUUGCACCCCAGGUCCAUAGUCUUCUCCAGACACAUGAAGGCACCGUGCCUUUAUUAAGCUUUCCAGAUUGUUAUGCUGCAGAAUUUGGUGAACUGGAAGUCACGCAGGAAAAUCGAGAGGGUGCUCCCUUAGAACAUCUCAUUACCUGUGUUCCAGGCGUGAACAUUGCCACUGCACAGAAUGGUGUCAAAGUAGUUAAAUGGAUUCACAACAAGCCACCACCUCCAAACACUGACCCUUGGCUUCUGCGUUCUAAAAGUCCUGUAGGUAACCCCCAGCUGAUCCAGUUCAGCAGAGAAGUGAUUGACUUGCUGAAGAGCCAACCAUCUUGUAUCAUACCAAUUAGUAACUUCAUCCCUUCCUAUCAUCAUCAUUUUGCAAAACAGUGCCGAGUCUCUGACUAUGGAUACUCCAAGUUGAUUGAAUUAUUAGAAGCAGUACCUCACGUGUUGCAGAUUUUGGGAAUGGGCUCCAAACGUUUGCUGACCCUUACCCACAGGGCCCAGGUGAAGCGCUUUACUCAGGAUUUACUAAAACUUCUCAAAUCCCAAGCCAGCAAACAGGUCAUUGUGAGAGAAUUCUCACAGGCAUAUCAUUGGUGUUUCUCAAGGGAUUGGAAUGUCACUGAAUAUGGUGUUUGUGAGUUGAGUGAUAUCAUAUCAGAGAUUCCAGAUACAACCAUCUGUUUGUCCCAACACGAUAAUGAAAUGGUGAUUUGUAUCCCCAAAAGAGAACGUACCCAAGAUGAAAUAGAAAGGACAAAACAGUUCUCCAAGGAUGUUGUUGAUUUGCUGCGUCACCAGCCCCAUUUCCGGAUGCCCUUUAAUAAAUUUAUUCCCUCUUACCAUCACCACUUUGGCCGGCAAUGCAAGCUCUCAUACUAUGGGUUUACCAAACUACUUGAACUUUUUGAAGCCAUACCUGAUAUUUUACAAGUUUUGGAAUGUGGAGAAGAAAAAAUCCUUACUUUGACAGAGGUAGAACGGUUCAAAGCUCUAGCAGCCCAAUUUGUUAAACUCCUUCGGUCUCAAAAAGAUAACUGCCUUAUGAUGACAGAUUUACUUCCAGAAUAUGCUAAAACUUUUGGUUACACAUUUCGCCUCCAAGACUAUGAUGUCAGUUCAAUUCCGGCUUUAACACAGAAACUCUGCCAUGUGGUAAAGGUUGCUGAUAUGGAAUCUGGCAAACAGAUUCAACUGAUCAACCGAAAGUCUCUGCGAUCUCUCACUGCCCAGUUGCUGGUUUUGUUAAUGUCUUGGGAAGGAUCCACCUUUCUUUCUGUUGAUGAGCUCAAGAGACAUUAUGAAGCUACCCACAGUACUUCUCUCAACCCCUGUGAAUAUGGAUUCAUGACCUUGACCGAACUUCUGAAGAGUCUGCCUUACUUAGUUGAGGUUUUUACUGAUGAAAACACAGAGGAAUGUGUGAAGCUCACAAGUCUGUAUUUGUUUGCAAAGAAUGUGCGGUCUUUACUUCAUACUUACCAUUACCAGCAGAUUUUCCUUCAUGAAUUUUCUGUGGCCUAUACCAAAUAUGUUGGAGAAGUACUGCAACCCAAGACAUAUGGCUACAACAGUGUAGAGGAGCUCUUGGGAGCAAUCCCACAGGUGGUCUGGAUAAAAGGACAUGGUCAUAAGAGAAUUGUAGUGUUAAAAAAUGACAUGAAAAGUCGUCUGAGUUCACUUGGUCUUUCCCCUUCGGAUCAUGGAAACCAGCCCUCAGAUAGUGAGUGUAUUCUGGAGGUGACUGAAUCUCACGCAGCCUCGGAACUCGGAGUGGGUGGCGAUGGUCCCAGUCAGACGGAGCAGGAGCUUCUCUGCCUGACCACCAGCUCCCCUGUCGACCUCCUGUGUGAGCCCGUCCCCUCGUGCUUGCCGUCCCCUCAGCUGAGACCAGAUCCUGUCAUCCUCCAAUCUACUGAUCUCAUUCGGUUUGAGGAACGCCCUCAAGAUCCUUCUGAAAUUAUGAUUUUAAACCAAGAAGAGAACACUGAAAUUCCAAUACCAACAAAGAAUGGAAAAGUGGCCUGUGAUUCCAGGUCAUCUUGUGUCUCAGCAGUUGUCCCGGUGCCUCCCUGCCCCUCUUUGGAAACCCCAGAGCCACUGCUCAGCAAGGACCCCGCAGAAAGCCCAGCCAAAAAGCAACCCAAAAAUAGAGUCAAAUUGGCAGCCAACUUUUCCUUUGCACCUAUAACCAAGCUUUAGCUCUCAUUCUGAACAUAGAAUUAGGAUGGAAAACACUGUCUGAGUCUGCACACAAAAGUGGGUUCAAAAAACAUAUCUUUUUCUGUUUUAAUGAAAACUCCCCUAGAAGCCACUUACUUCAUCAUUAGAUGUAUUCUGUGAUUUUUUUUUUUCUUUUCAAUUUUACAUUGAAACACAGCUUUAAGCUGACGGGGUCUUUUCUCUUCAAUUAAUUGAGAGUACUUCUGGCAUUUGUUAAAUAAUCCUUAAUAUAUUUUACCAAAUUUUUCUUAAUUCUGAAAUAUAAUGGUGUUCCAUAAAAAGAAAGCAGUAAGAAUUCAGCUAGAAAGAAGUGGCUUUACUUCCAUGAAGCCACAUCAGUGGUAUAAUCCUACAUGUAGCAUGAUAUGGUCUAUAAGCCUUUGCUUACUGAUGAUUUCAGACAGUAUUAAUCAAAUGCAUGAUGUGUCUUUGAAACAGCCUGUUCCGUGACUCUGCAUGUUUACACACUGAAGGAAGGGGGUAGGCAAGGAGUUGAGAAUGUAUUUUCAGGCUGGAAUAUGCAGGUUCCUGGGUUCUAUGUGACUUGUAAGUGCACCUCGUUUUUUAUUUAACUAUGUCUGUAGUUGACAAAUGUGGCUUCAUGACAAAUUUUUUAAAAUGUUUCCACUUUGGGGUUCCAUUUAGGAGCUUUCUAGAAAGUUGAAGAUGUUUUAAGCUUCCCUUUUAUAUUAAGUUCCAGUUUAAUAUGGAUUGGGUUAAGGAACAGGAGAUGGUCUUGGUGACAUGAAUUUAAAGUCAGCAUUUGAAUUACAACACACAUUAUUGUGUGUCGAGAGGCAAUAUGGGGAAGAGUCUGAUUUUCUAAAAUAUGCAUCAAGUGCAUAAAUUACAAAUCAGAGCUGAGCGGUGAGGUGCUUUAACAGGAGUGGUAUCGAUGCUAUUUCCACUAGGAAGAGACAGAAAUUCUAUCUAUACAUAUGAAGGCCAAGGUUGAUCAACUUAACCUUGUUUUUGUAAUUUUAAAGCUGGUUUUGGUAGCUGGGAAGCUUUCUGUGUGAGUAUAUAUGUUAGCUCAGUAUCUUUUAAUUGUGUCUGUUUUACUCUGUUACUUCUCGCUGUUGGAAGCAUGUUUGGAUUUUUUGUGGUAUCUAACAUUGGCCUUUGGGAGAAGCCACCCUUUGAGGAGCACUGCACUGUGGACUGGCCUUGCUCUCGAGUGGCUGAGGUGUCCGGUUUCGGUGACCUCUUACCCCUCCUGGAGAAACCCAGCAUUUACAAUGGAUUGUAUUUGUUGGGCAAAAAGGCGGAUUCAUUCAUAGGGCAGAAAGAACUUUUUGCACCAGGUCUUCCACUAGUUAGAUGGUUUCUUUGAGGGAAAUGUUUAUAUUUUGUAAUUUCUAGAAAGCCAGAAAAUGGGCUCCAAUUUCAUAGCCAGCAUUUUGAUAAAAUGCCACAAAAUAAGGGCUAUAGAGAGAUUUUUUAGUAGUUAAUUUUUGUUCCCCAAAUCUUUUAAAUGAAGCCAGUGAUUCCCAGUUCUCAACACCUGGCCCCAAUCAAGAUGAAACAACACUGGAAAAACCUAAGUAUUAUGGCACUCUACGAAUCCUUCUGAAGACAUUUCCUCUACAGACAUAGUGUUACAGGAAGUAAAAUGCACAUGUGCAAUUUUUUUAAAACAGCUUUUAAACAAUGUAAUGAAGUUGGUAUUGAGAACAUCAGUUUCCUUAUUCAGAGAUUUCGUAAGGCUCAGUUUGCACGCCUGGACUUGAGUUUUGCUAGCAUGUGAGAAUUGUGGGCUUUAAAAAUUUAAGAGGUACCAUUACAAGUCACCAGGAACAGUCUCAAAAAGCAGGUUGUUUGGGCCACAGACAAGGAGGAAACUGCAGUUCUGUGCUGUUGUGUGGUUGUGGUGGUUGUACCACUCACUGGAGUCGCCAGUUAGUCUGGGACGCAUGUGCGACUCUAACAAUCGCUGUUUGAAAACAUGGGAAUACAGCGGAAGCACGUUGUGUUCACAAUGGCCAGUGCAAUUGCUAUCUAUUUUUUUAUCCAGAGGCUUAAUUAAAUGAUGUGACAAAAUGAUAUAUGAGAAUGAAGACAAUGAAAUUCUUUAUUUCUAGGUGGUAAGAUGUACCAGAUUUGAUUUGUUGAAACAAAGACAAACAUUAUCACCAAUCCCCCCUUUCUCAUCUUGCACUGUUUGUUUUGGAUUGGGCUUGGGGGAAGAGAUGUUUUUCUUAACUGUCUACUUUGUUUGAACACUUUUUUUUUGUGAUUCAAGUGCUGUUUUGUGUGUUGGGACCAAACAGUUGUCAAUAAACUUUACAAGCAAGCAUCUAA